UACACUGAAAAGACAGUAGUCAAACUUCAAACAAACAACUCCAUUAAUGGCGAACAUCAACAACAGCAACAGGGACAACGAUUUCAUAAACCCUAAUACAACUUCAUCACCUAUAACUGUAUCUGAUGGUGAUAGUUUCCUUCUAGAUUCUUCUCAGAUCGGUAGUGCUUCUGGAAGCUUCCAAAACGAGGGUUUUCUCUCUGGCGAUGGCGGCGGAGCUGUUGAUGCUGAGUUCGGUUUUUCUCGGCCUGAUUUUAGGCAAGUUCCGCUUGUUGGAACUGUUGAUUUGUAUGAACGACACGUGUUCCUUUGCUAUAAGAAUCCUCAAGUUUGGCCACCUCGUAUUGAGGCUACUGAGUUUGAUCGAUUGCCUAGGCUUCUUGCUGCUGCUCUUGCUGCUCGAAAAAAUGAUGUUAAGAAACAGACUCGGUUAACAAUAUGUGAAGGGCAUGAUGGAACUGAGACAUCAAAUGGGGAUGUGUUGAUCUUUCCGGACAUGAUCAGAUACAGGAGAUUGACUCAUUUUGAUGUUGACACAUUUGUUGAGGAGGUGCUAGUGAAGGACGGUGAGUGGUUACCUGGAAAUCCUGAAGCUCUGACUGGAUGGUACAUAUUUGUGUGUUGUCAUGGUUCAAGAGAUCGUCGAUGUGGUGUUUGUGGACCAGCUAUUGUUAGUAGACUUAGGGAGGAGAUAGAGUCAAAUGGUCUUCAAGGAAAAGUAUCUGUUAGUCCAUGCUCACACAUCGGUGGACACAAGUUUGCUGGAAAUGUGAUCAUAUUCGGACCAAACAAUAACAAGAAAGUCUCCGGACACUGGUAUGGCUAUGUUACACCUGAUGAUGUACCUCAGUUGCUUGAACAGCAUGUUGCUAAAGGAGAAAUUGUUGAUUGGUUGUGGAGGGGCCAGAUGGGACUAUCUGAAGACGAACAGAAAGCAUCCCAAGAACAUAGGCUCAGCGUUAAUGGUGGAACAGAUAUAGAAAGAGGCACCAAAAGCUCAAAUGAUGUAGGUACGAGCACAUGUGGAUCCCAGUUAGAGGGUACAGGCUGUUGCCGGGCAAAUGGAAAUAGCUCAUGUUGUCAGAACACUCAACUACCUGUCGAUGCAGACAAUUUCAUUCUCCACCAAGAGAACACCGAGUUUACAUCUGAAAAGAAGAAGAGUUUCAGGAAACAAAUUUCUCGAAGUAAUAGUGGAAAAGGGGCUCGCUCUCGCAAGGUGUGCUCGAUGCCUACAUGGUACGAGAGCUGGGAACGUGAAGAUACAUAUGCUGUUCUUGCCGUUAUUGGUGCUGCCGUAUCAGUUGCCUACGCCUACAACUGCUACAGGCAGCUGAAGUAAUAUUCAUAAAGAAAUUCAUGUUUGUCCUGCAAAUUUCAUUGUUGGUUAAAAACAUCUCUGUGAUUUCUUAUGUAAAUUGAGGUUAUUGCAUGCGUAAGUCAUUGCAAGGAAGUCUAAAAUUUGAUUGACUUGGGAAUAGUGUAAUGAAAGACUAUUGAUGCUGUAAAUUUAGGAGUCUUUUGUAUUCAUACUCUUCGUGGACCCUUAUGUCUAAAUUUGUUUGAUAGGUCUA